GACUUUCUACAACCAACAUUUACAACCAACUUUCACAAACAACUCGUUCACCAUGACUAAAUUCUCGAAUUUCUUUCGCGAGGUCGGUGGAUCCAUCACUGGCGCUUUCCACAAGAGAGCCAGACACAACCGCAAGAUUCGCCAAGAUAAUCGCCCAGACACCCCUCCAAGUUACGAAGAUCUUUUCGGACAACCAGCACAGCUUACAGCAGGCUUGGAUGAAGCUGCAGAGCAUGAAGCCUUCUUGAUGAGAAUGGCCCGUGAUCCAUCAAUCCUUGCCCACAGUUCAACCUCGGAUGAAGAUGUACAACCAGACACAUCUUUGGACGGAACGGCACCUGGCUCAUCAACUAGUGCAGGCUCCAACCAAACCACAGACAAUGUCCCCGUUGUUUCUGGUAUUUAUUCAAUGUCACCACAGGUGACUAUUCCUCUUUCACAAGCCGAGGUAGAGCCACGCGUGGCUACUCGUCCAGGAUAUCGAUAUGAUAAUUUGGACAUUCCAGAACCAGAGGAUGAUACUGCAGAACCAUUUCUUCAUCUUGUGGAGGAAGCUAUCGCAGCUCAAUCUCUCCAACCAGGCGCAGUCACUCAUGAGCUAGAAGCCACUCAUGAGUUAGAAGCCACUCCUGUGCAAGAAGUCACUCCACAGGAAAUCACCAUUGCCGCCAAUUCUGGCCACCAAUCAAGGGUAGAUACUCACCCUUCAUCACAAGGCCGCUCUAUGAGAUCGAAUGUCUCCGAGGAUAUUCAAUUACCUCCAAGAAUUGUCAGCAACCCUGAGCCCCGUGCCACAGUAUCCAGACUUCCAGCUGCAGCUAGAUCCACUUCGUUGGAGGGAAGAUCCCCCAUUCCUAGUCAGCCCAGCUCGCGACCAGAACUUUCUGGCUCACGCCGAGUUGGAGGCCAAUUAGCUGCCCGUGAAAAUAACGAGCCAUCUCUGGUACAGCCAAGAACUGUCACUGCUCCCCAGCCAGCUGCACAACCAUCUACUCCAGUUGCUGUUAGGAGUUCUUCAGCACAUCCAAGAAGUACCAGUGGUUAUAGAGACAUCGUUCAACGCCAUGCACGUGUGUCGGAUCAUCAUGCUAGCUUGAUGAGACCGACAGAAACUGCAGCACAACUUACAGUGCCUAGACAGCGACGACAUCCUGUUGGUGAUCAAGAUGAGUCGGAUGAGUUAACAGGAGAAGAGAACCCUGUUGAUAUUCAAUAUUUCCUCGCUCGAAAUCGGUUGAACACGAGAAAUGAACACAAUCAAGGUGCUUCAUCCUCAGGAGAUAUCAAUACCCUGAGAUCGCAACAUGCAACUCGUCGGGACAUUUCAUCCGGUGCUCAGACAGUUCAUAAUAGAUCUGCACAGAGCAAUGAAGCCAUCUCAAGAACUCAAGCCGGCAAUAGAUCGUCAAAUAGACGCCAAGAUGAUCACAAUGAUGGUUCUGACAGAUUACGAUCUGGAUCUUCUGAGACUUCUGGAUCCCUACCUGAACAUCGUGAUCCUGUUCACCCAGGUAUUACAUCUCCUCUAUUGAUCGCAGAACUUCACCAUGGUAGAGCUCACGGCGCAACUAGGCCACCAGUCAUUGGGCAGCAUCUUGCUGAGCGACUUGACGCCGCACGAAGUGAACGUGGUCUACCUAGAUCACCACGUAUAUGGGCUAUCCCCACACCAAGCGAUGAAGUCAACACUCCCAUUCAUCCGGCUGACUUCCGCGAAGAUGGAUAUCGUCCAGCUAAUAGGGACCCAGGCUCACGCACAGAGCGCCCACCAGCUAGGGCAAACAGAACAGCUCAUAGCAACAGCAGCCAAUACAAUGCGGGACGUCAAGGCGCUGUUGAUAGUAUGCGUAGUCGAGAAGCAUUGGCGCGCGAAGAGGAGCUCCAAGAGAUCCGCGAAAACGAGAGACAGAGAGCCAUCAGAGAGGUUGAUGAGCGACGACGAGAGGAAAGAGUGAGAAGACUCACCGAGAGAGAGAGGAGAGACAGAGAGAUAAGAGAGCAAGCGCACAGAGAAAGACAGGGAUUGGAGAAGAAGCGAGAAGAGGUUGUCGACAGCAUUCUUCAACCAAUCCAUAUCGAUCUCUGUUUCUGUCUUCAGGAAUUCGGAGAUGGUGGUGAUCCCCACGAGCGUGUAAAGUUGGCUCAUUGUACACACGUCUUUGGGAGAAGUUGCAUCAAGAAGUGGCUGAUGAUGAGUGACACCUGCCCAAAAUGCAUGGGUGCACAUGCUGCUCUGCGUGCUUUAUCGCAAAAGGCACGAGAAUUGAGAGCCCAUUAAGGGGACUCAAAAAGGCCGGACGAGGAACAUCCGACGGAUGCAGUAGGGGCGGGGUGGAUGGCGCUGAUGUUUUGAGAAGGUAGCUUGCGAUGGUUACCCUUGAAUGGUUCUCUGUUGA